GGCUGCGCGUCACUUCCGUCCAGGCCGGAAACCAAGAUGGCUGCGCUCUUGUUGAGACCUGUUGGCCGUUACUGCCUCCGUGGCCACCUCAGUCCUCGGCUCUGUAUCAGAAAUGCUGUUCCUUUGGGAACCUCAGCCAAGGAAGAGAUGGAGAGAUUCUGGAAUAAGAAUGUUGGUUCAAACCGCCCUCUUUCUCCUCAUAUCACUAUCUACAGUUGGUCUCUUCCCAUGGCGAUGUCCAUUGGCCACCGCGGCACUGGUGUUGCCUUGAGUGCAGGGGUCUCUCUUUUCGGCUUGUCGGCCCUGUUGCUCCCGGGGAACUUUGAGUCUCAUCUGGAACUGGUGAAGUCCCUGAGUCUGGGGCCGGUGCUGAUCCAUUCAGCCAAGUUUGCUCUCGCCUUCCCUCUCAUGUAUCACACCUGGAACGGGAUCCGACACUUGAUGUGGGACCUGGGAAAAGGCCUGAAGGUCCCGCAGCUGACGCAGUCCGGGGUGGCUGUCCUGGUCCUCAGCGUGCUGUCCUCGGUGGGUCUGGCGGCCAUGUGAAGAGCUCCCCCCCCCCCCGCCGCCCCCGCUCCUCCUCCCUCAGAUGAUCAGUUACC